AUGAAGAAAUACAUAAUGACCCCGUCGUCCUCGGGGAACAGACCGGUAUCUCGCAUGAGUACGGCAACGUCGGUUCGCGCCGUGUCAAGGCUCUCCAGCCGCACCACCACGACUGCGCGAUUACGUUCAAGUCAUGUUCAGCACACUGCCGCGCUUUUACGGAAUCUAGUGCAACAAGUAACUGGAGUUGGCCCAGAAGAUGACCCUGAUGAAUUCCAGGAGUAUAUGGCGGGGGCACUGGAUACGGUACUGAACACUUCAGGGCCCACCAAUGACAUGGCCAGUGUUACGAAGAGGAUUGCCGGGCAUCGUGAGAAGGCUCGCAUUCACCUUCAAAAUGACCUUGCGGAUGCAAUUACAACUAGCUUUAGACGUAUGAACGCACUAGUCGAUGUGGAUCCGGAAGACAGGUCUGCAGACGACCCAAUCAAGCGCACAAAUCUCCCUGAGAUGCUUCAGCUCCUGAUUGAAUUGUCUCAACCUCCGACCAACACUACGCACGACUAUGCAUACGAUUUACUUAGGGAAGUUCAUGCACCUCCACCAGAACCGAAAGACUUUUGGAAACAAGUCCUGGAGGAAGAGCCACUGGAGGGGGAGCAUUGGAAAACCCCAUGGGAUGAUGAGGAUUGGGAUACGAAGACCCUGUCUUCGCAUCCCUCCAUGGAGUUGGAGUCCAGAGGGUCCCUAUCGAGUCCAGAGCCUGCUGCUGAAGACAGAGCUUCACUGAUUGAAAGUAAUGAAGGAGAUGAAGACGAAGGGCGUCCCAACCCGUUUUCGUAUGCGGAUUUUACUCAACAACGCACUUUAAAUGAUGCGCAUAAUUUAUAUGAAGCUUUGUGUGCAGAUCAAUAUUGGAGACCUCGGUAUGUGAACGAAGCAGCGAGAAGGGCCGAGAAGGAGUUUAACGUCAAUGAUCCAGCUACACUUGGCCCCUCAUUUGAACGUGCACUCGAAAAGGAGGCUGGUUCGUUGCUCCCUACUAUCAGAGAGGUCUACAUCGACGAAAUAGACGUCGUUCGAGACGUAUUGAUAUCAAUGCAAGGUCGAAGUUCCCUAAUAUUUACCUUUCAUUACGAUGGAACUCUGUUUCGGAAGGUGGAGCAUUCGUCCAAUUUGCCUCGGGUCUCUCAUUUGACAAUUACUGCAUAUCGGUCUCUCCUUUCGACUUUUGCGACUACCGCGACCAUUCUUCACCACCUUCGUAUUUUUAUGUCUUCGGUACUGCGCAAAUCUAUGAAUGCCCCACGGGCAUUCAGUUUGCACCAACCAGACCUUUCUCUCGCCAAUGUUUCGACCAGUUUAGUGCUCACAAGUGGCCAUGGCCCAAGUGGAAAUCAAUCAUGUCGAGCGCUGGAUGCCUUUGCCGAAGCCGUUGGGACAAGAAUUAAUGCUCUCGAUGCGCACUGUGCUGGCUUAGAGGAACAGAUAUGCAACGCCCGACUCGGCAGUGGGUUAAGAGACAACUCAGAGCCAGUAAUAGUUUCCCUUCUUAGUCUUCGGCGCCGUCUCGACAAAUUCAUGACUAGGACCUUUGAUAUUCUUUACGAUCUUAUCCGUGCUCUUCCAGACGAGCUUCCUACUCAGACUUAUGCUCAUCCUCGAGCAUAUUAUUCGACUGUCGCCAAUUCAACAAUCACCAUACUUUCGCCCUUACCAAUAUUCGCAAUACAAAAUAUUCAUCCGGCACUCCUAAACAAACGGUUGCUAGACAGGUUACUCGUCGCUGUGCGGGCAUGCAAUCGAGACGGAGGACAAUGCGGCGAUACUAAAUCAGCAUCUGAUCAAACUUUAUACCCCAUGGACGGAGGAAGCUCUCAACUCAUGGAUGUUUUUAUCUCUACCGCUGAACCCAUAUGGGCUUCAGUAGGCGCCUGGGUCAAGUGGGGCAUUGAUGUAGGCGGGAGUGCGCUGGAUAUUGGCCUUGGUUCUGUUGAGCAGGCGGUACGAGCAGAUGAUUUGUCCCACGACAAGGAGUUCUUCAUUAAGAGGCGGGAGACUGUUGAUGUCGCAUCUCCAGACUUUUGGACGACUGGAUACGUUCUGCGAACAACUACAGCGGAAGAUGAAAGCGAUGACGAGGGAGCUCUGGAUGCACAAAUGUCACAUAUCCUAGCCAGGAAAGCUCAAGGAGUUUUCUAUCCCGGGAUGGGCGGGAGUGUCCAGAAACAAGCGCGAACUCUCGUACCAAGUUGCCUGAUACCAGUUGCAGCCCGUAUUUUAGCCUCAGGAAAAGCUGUUGGCUUACUACGCGGGAUUGGCGUAUGGGGGGCAAUUGAUGGCGACUACGACAGCGAAGAUGAAGACCAUGACCAUGACCAAGACCGGGAUGAGGAUAACGACGAUGAUUGGCCUUCGUUCGCUGAUACUCUAAAGUCCUCUGGUGGAGUUACCCUCAGAGAUGUUUCGUUUGAAACCGGCUCGUUAGAAGAUUUGGGUCGCUAUAACUUGGACGAUACUAUCUUACCCGAGUCGUCCUUUUCGAUUCGCUCAUCAUCGCCAACAGACACAAUUUCUGUGAGCGACAAAUACCCCUUGGCCUUCAAUCUUGCUGCUGAGGUCCUCCUGAAUGACCUUCCUCAUAUAUUGGCCGACCGAGUAGCGCCCAGAUGUCAGAUUGCCGCAUUCCGCCUUAAUAGGGUGCUCAUCGAGGACUGCGAAUUAUGGCGUCACCUGUAUGCGAUGGAGGACCUUUGUUUCAUGCGCCGGGGAGAUAUAAUGACACAUUUCUGCGACAAUUUAUUUGCCAAGAUCGAUGCGCAGAAGCCGUGGAGUGACUAUCAUCUACUUAACUCUUUAUUUAGAGAUGUUAUAUCGGCAACCUCGACCUCAUGGAUUGACCCAGGUCGGGUGCGUCUUGUAUACAGAGGGACUAAAACAAGGUCUUCAGCACGGUCCAUACGCGCUGUUCAUGGAUUAGAAGUCGAAUAUGAGUUCCCUUUCCCCUUGCCCUACGUGUUUGGCACCAGCGCGCUACACCUAUACUCCCAAGUAUUUGUCCUUGUUUUACAGUUACGGAGGGCAAAGAUGGUUCUGGAUCAUAUCCUUGUUCGCGAUCACGGCACGAGUCGUCCGGAGCUCAAGGUGAUCUAUGUCUUAAGGGGACAGUUGACCUGGUUUGUCAACACAUACAUGAACUAUAUCCUGACGAACGUUAUUCAUAGCCAAGUGCUUCGAUUCCAUAGAGAGCUGGCUGAUGCAAACUCAUUGGACGAGAUGAUUGUUAAGCAUAAGGACCAUAUCGAAACCGUCCAAGAGCAGUGUUUCCUUCACAGCAAGGAUGCUGCAAUCCAUAAGACUGUUCUUUCUAUACUCGAUAUGUGUGUCCAUUUUGGGGAUCUGUUUACUUCAGUUGUUGCGGAUAAUACUCUGGAUAUUUCACGGCCCAUCAUGGUGAAAGGGCGUCACAGCAAACGAGAUCGCUCCCGUCGUCAGAACCUUGUUUCUUUCGUUCCGCCUUCCGAAUCGGAUAACGUUUCUACCACUUCGACAGAGCUGGACGAGACGGAAUACGAUUCGGAGGAUGAAAGCGUUCGAGAGGGCAUUACUGAGCGGACAACAAUUCUGGAUCCAACCUUUUUAGGGCCUGAAGAUGAAGAACCAGGCGCACGAGUGGAGCGCCUGUCCAAAACACUAGACACUCUCAUCCGUACUCUUCGAAAGAGAGUAGAAUUGAUUACGGGAGAAGGAGGACCCUCAGCUGGCGCCUUUGGGAUGCUUGAUUUCGCACUAGAAGACUGGGACCUGUAG